ACCGCAUCAGCUUGACGACGGAGGCGAGACACCGAUCAAGAUAAGACGACGACGAAGAAGACGUACAUAAGAGUGCGAUAGUGGAUUUUGCGAGAGGAACAUCUAGGAAAAAUAGGUAAAAACACACAAAAUAUCGCGCAUUUCGACGCCAGCGGGUGAUAGAUCGUGAAAGUGUACCGUCCGGAACCGCAGGAGCACGCAGUGCCGCCGGAAUAAAGCAGCCCCAUAAUGUUUACCGUCAACACACAUCAACACCAACUGCUCUUUCAUCUCUCGCAAAUCACUCCACGCCAUAGUAAUAUCGCUUUCAGCAAGCAACAAAGGCACCAUGGCCCCAAACAGCAGGGAAAGGAAGCUUCCUAUCUGGCUCAGCAGGAUCCCCUCCUGCCGCGGUUGAAGCAAUCGCUGGUCCAGUUCUACACCGACAGUUUUCGGCAGACGCUCGAAGAGCCUCAACAACCCAUGGCCAGUGUUGCCAGUGCGCCUCGACCCGCUGCCUCAGAAAUGUUCGAACUGAAACUACCUCGAAGGAUUGAGCGAAGCUUGCUGAAGCACUUCAGUAACAUCCAGGUGAUUACCAGUAGUCGCGAGGACGUUCCCUGGAGCAUGAGUCUUACGCCCAAGGCGCGUAAAGGCAAAGAACCACAGCAGCAGCAGCGGGAAACGGUCUUUUUCAAUGGUUACGCGGUACAGCAGAUUGUGCGGAAUCUGCUAUUGAACACCCAGAGGAGUGGGGCUUACAGUAACUUAGCAUGGGUGCAGCAACGAGGGUUCAAAACGGUUCGCUCCGUCAGCGCCGAGCAGAAGCGGAAUCCGGGACUGUUCACGCGUGUCAAGGAUACGUUGGACUCCGAUUCGUCUAUUCCAGCUGCACCGGCCCCUCAGAUAUCCCACAAGUACGAACCGGUUCCGUUCAACGCGCAAACAAUCAACCCCCAGCAGUACAGUGAACCGUUCAACAAGCUGCUCAGCGAAGUCAACGACCCGACGAUACCGGACGAACAGAAGCAACGGCUCAAGAUUGCCUUUGCCGAGGGUUACCUAACGGCGACCCAUCCGGACCAUGCAAACCGUUCCGGCAAGGCAAUGCGCUAUCUCAAAGUCUUGCAGCAGCUACUGAUAAUUGUCGUGUUCAUCGGAAUCUUCAUCAGCCUGUUCGUCUCGACCAACGGGUCUGUUUUUAGUAGAAUACAAAUCGGCAACCAGGUCGAGGUGGACCCGGAGGACAUCUCGGUGACGUUCGAGGAUGUCAAGGGUUGCGACGAGGCCAAGCAGGAACUGAAGGAGGUGGUCGAGUUUCUGAAGAACCCGGACAAGUUCAGCAACCUCGGCGGAAAGUUGCCGAAGGGUGUCCUACUGGUUGGUCCACCUGGUACCGGUAAGACCUUGCUGGCACGGGCUGUGGCAGGCGAAGCUGGAGUACCGUUCUUCCACGCGGCCGGACCGGAGUUCGACGAGGUUCUCGUCGGACAGGGAGCACGUCGUGUGCGAGAUUUGUUCAAGGCGGCCAAGGAACGGGCUCCAUGCGUAAUCUUCAUCGACGAAAUUGACUCGGUUGGUGCCAAGCGUACCAACUCCGUGCUGCAUCCGUACGCGAAUCAAACCAUAAAUCAACUGCUGUCGGAAAUGGACGGUUUCCAGCAGAACGAGGGAGUAAUUGUGCUGGGAGCAACGAACCGGAGGGACGAUCUGGAUCAGGCGCUGCUGCGACCGGGCCGCUUCGAUGUAGAGGUGGUUGUUCCGACGCCGGAUUUCACCGGGCGGAAGGAGAUCCUCACGCACUAUUUGAGCAAGAUCUUGAGCAAGGAGAUCAACAUCGAUCAGCUGGCGAGGGGAACGACCGGUUUCACGGGUGCCGAUAUUGAAAAUAUGGUCAACCAAGCCGCCUUGAGGGCCGCCAUCGAUGGGGCAGAAACGGUAACGAUGAAGCAUCUGGAAAAUGCCAGAGAUAAGGUACUUAUGGGUCCAGAGCGAAAAUCUCGACUGCCGGACGAAGAAGCCAACAAAAUUACGGCGUAUCACGAGGGCGGACAUGCUAUUGUUGCCUAUUAUACGAAGGAGUCCCAUCCCCUUCAUAAAGUGACAAUCAUGCCGCGUGGUCCAUCGCUUGGCCACACCGCUUACAUCCCGGAGAAGGAACGCUACCACGUCACCAAGCAGCAACUGUUGGCCAUGAUGGACACGAUGAUGGGUGGCCGAGCGGCGGAAGAACUUAUUUUCGGAGCCGACAAAAUCACAUCCGGUGCCAGCAGCGAUCUGAAGCAGGCCACCUCCAUCGCGUCGCACAUGGUACGCGACUGGGGCAUGUCCGAGAAGGUGGGUCUACGUACGAUCGAAUCGUCCAAGGGUUUCGGCGCCGCCCCGGAGGUUCUGUCCCCAUCGACCGUCGAGGGCGUCGAUAACGAAAUCAAGAAAAUCCUGAACGACAGCUACGAGCGUGCCAAGGCCAUCCUCAAGCAGCACGCCAAGGAGCACAAGGCACUGGCGGAGGCGCUCCUCAAGUACGAAACGCUGGACGCCGAAGACAUCAAGGCCAUCCUGGGGGGCGAAAAAAUGCCGGUGGAAGAACACUGAGACGAUCGAGAACAGCGGAGAAUUGAUGCUGAGUAGAAAAUAUAUUUAAAAUAUUGAUUCGUACGUACAAGUAAAAUGCAACAAGGUUUAAGGACAACAGAAAAAUGGAUUUUGCGUCGAAAGGCUGAAAGAUAAAUGGCAGAGCUCUUCGAAGGUGGAAUGCGUUGUAAGUUCAACACUAAGUUUUUAGCGGCAAAACUAAUGUGCUAGUUGAACCAUUUUGAGUUUUAAAUGUUUCAAUUCGAUGUUCAGGCAUUAGGUGCUUUUUCGAUUAGAAUGCAUCGCUUCACAAAUUCAGCCUUAUGUUUUUCAGCCUUUCAAACGCAUCUCAAAAUUCAAAAGUAAAUUGGCAAGAACCAACACCCAAACACAUACACUCACCAUCGGUGGACACCGUUCUGCUGUGUGGUUUUAGAUAUACAUAUUGAAAAGAUUAUUAUUUAAUCAUAGCUCUUUCUUCCUUGUCGACUCAACCGCAGCGCCGCCAACACCUAAAAAACGAAUAAAUCGCCAUCAUGUUCUAGUUUUUUGAUUAUUUACAUCGUUUUUGACAGGUCUUCAGAAAAAUAUUCUACUUACAGUCAUUGUACCUAGUCCAAGGAACUUCUGAACUAAUUUCUGGUGUAUUUCUGAGAGGAGCUUCUAUCAGAUUUCUUAACGAAUUCCUUCACAAAUAUCGCCAGGUAUGGAGCAGGACAGUUGGCAUUAAGUCAUCUGGCAUUUGGCAAAAUAGAAAUCUUCUCUUCUUGUUUAGUUAAACGUCUAUUUUACUAAGAAUACUACACUCCUUACAGUUUUCUCCAUGCACUGUAUAGAAAUGGUUAGUUUCAAUUGUUUUUUUUUUUGUCGCCUGUCAUAACAAUGAUGCAAAAUACUCAAAAAACUGUAAAAAGUCUUGACGAUCAUCGAUUUAUGAUUGAAAAUUUUGUGUGCAGCACAGCACUUCCAUGAUGGCCGAAGUGUGCUACUCUAAUAGAACAUGCUGCCGACGGUGGAUCAGGGGAUAAAAUUUUGAAUGAAAGAAACACUUUUUCACGAGGCAGACUUGUUGUAAAAUAGUUGAGUAGGUAAAGUAAAAAAGUUGAAUUAAACGCUAAAAAAUAACCACUUUGAACUAUAUACUAUGAAAAACAAAAUAAAUCAACUGAUAAACAGCUUUAGAAUUGCACCGGGAAACAAACAAAUAAAACUAAAAAAAAAGUCUACUUAUAAGAUGUUUCGACUGUAUAAUUGCCAGAGCACUACCAAAAGAGCUGAAAGCGAGAACUAUUCCAGAAAAAUUGAAUAAAAAUUACAAAACAUGUUAGUUGAUCAA